AUGAUGAAAAGUUCAAUUGUAUCUAGUUCACAACCACGAUCUGUCGCUGUCGGUGAUUUUAACAAUGAUCAUCAAAUGGAUAUUGUUGUAGCAAAUUCUGGUACAAAUACCAUUGGAAUAUUUCUUUCACAAGGUAACGAAACUUUUACAAAUCAACAAGUAUAUCUAACUGGAUUCGACUCUCGUCCAUAUUCGCUUGUGGUUAAUGAUUUUAAUAAUGACAAUUAUUUAGAUGUUGCUGUUGCUAAUUAUGGUACGAAUAAUAUUGGAAUAUUUUUAGGAAAUAAAAAUGGAACGUUAGAUAAUCAAAAAGUAUUUUCACUUAAUGCUUCUCGUCCAUUUUUUAUUACUAUUGGUGAUUUCAACAAUGACAAUCGAACGGAUAUUGUUGUAGCUAAUUCUGAUACUGAUACUAUUGGUAUACUUCUUGGAAAUGGUCAUGCAUCUUUUCAAAAUCAAAUAACUUAUUCUACUGGUUAUGAUUCUCAUCCAUAUGCAUUAGUGGUUGGUGAUUUCAACAAAGAUAAUCAACUCGAUAUUGCGGUAGCUAAUUAUGGUACUGACAAUAUUGGUGUUUUUCUCGGAUAUGGUGAUGGAAAUUUUGCAAAUCAAAAAACGUACACAACCACUCUGAAUUCAAAUCCAUCUUCUAUUGCUGUUGGUGACUUAAAUAAUGAUAAUUCUCUCGAUAUUAUAGUUACACAUUCUGGUACCGGCAAAAUUGGUAUAUUUCUUGGCUAUGAAGAUGGUACAUUUACAGCACAAACUACGUUUUCAAUAAGCUCCAAUUCUCGUCCAUAUCAUAUAACUAUUGGCGAUUUUGAUAAGGACAAUCAAUUAGAUGUUGUUGUUGUUGAUUCAGAAAAUGAUCAAAUACAUAUUCUUUUGCAAUAUAAUAAUAGAACAUUUGCUACAACAACUACAUAUGAUGGAAUAUAUAGAUCUCGUCCAUUCUUUGUCGCUGUGACAGACUUUAAUAAUGACAAUCAACCCGAUAUUGUAAUAGCCAACUCUGACACUAAUAAUCUACUGAUACUUCAUCAAUAUUUUAUAAAACCAUCAGCAAGACAAACGAUGUAUAGUAUUGGAAAAGAUUCUCGACCAUCGUCAGUUGUUAUUUAUGACUUGAACAAUGAUAAUCGAUUAGAUUUAUUGGUUAAUAAUUUUAACAACGACAGUUUACUUUUGUUAACUGGUAAUGAUAAUGGAUCUUUUGAACAAGUAACAACAUACUCGACUGGAAACAAGUCAGCUCCAAAAUAUCUUUGUAUUGGUGACUUUAACAACGAUAAUAGAAUGGAUAUUGUCACGGCUAAUUACGGCUCUGAUAGUAUAGGGAUUCUUCUGGCACAAGACAAUGGAACGUUUUCUGAUGCCAUAACUUACUUUGUAAGUCAUGGUUCUAAACCAUGGUCCGUCGCUGUUGGAGAUUUCAAUAAUGAUAGCCGAUUAGAUGUUGUCACUGCAAAUCAUGGAUCUGGAGGUUUAGGCAUCCUUCUUGGACAUGGCCAUGGAACAUUUCCUAAUGCGACGACAUACUCUGCUAACAUUAUUGUUUUACCAAUAUCAGUUACUGUGGGCGAUGUUAAUAAUGAUCAUAAGUUGGAUCUUGUUGUCACUGACGGUCUUUUUGAUAAUGUGGGUGUCCUUCUUGGACAUGGUGAUGGCAUUUUUUCUAAUGCAACGACAUACUCUGUUGGUAGAUCUUCUUCUCCAAAUGGCGUCAGUCUUGUUGAUUUGAAUAAUGAUAAUCAUCUGGAUCUUAUUGUCUCUACUUUAGAUGGAGGUUUUAUUGGCAUUUUCAUUGGAUAUGGCAAUGGAAGUUUCCAAGAAGUCACAACAUAUUCGACUGAGUCUACAUCAUCUCUUUACUAUAUGGCUAUUGCUGAUUUCAACAAUGAUCAUCAACAUGAUUUCGUCGUGACUGAUAUUACAAAUGACGAAAUAAUUAUCUUUUAUGGAUACGGUAAUGGGAGUUUUCGACUUGCAAGGAGGUAUCCUACUGGUUUUGGUUCGAGUCCGUAUGCCAUCACUACUGCCAAGCUAAAGAACAACCAACAAAUAAAUAUUGUUAUUACUCUUUGGGGCACUGGAAAUGUUGGUAUUUUAACCGAAUAUAAUGCUGCAGAAUUUGCAAGUAAAAAAACAUAUCCCACUGGUUCGGCUUCACAACCAUAUUCUGUAACUGUUGGUAAAUACAAUAAUGAUAGUUAUGUAGAUAUAGCCGUCGUCAAUGCGGGAAAGGAUAAUUUAGAUAUACUUUUCAACUCGGGUAACGGUACAUUUGAAACUCAAAUAACGUAUCCCAUUGGUGCUGAUUCAUAUCCACAAUAUGUCAUCACUGAUGAUAUCAAUAAAGAUGAUCAUUUGGAUAUAGUUACUGUUAAUUCAAAGAGUAAUAGUAUUAGUGUAAUUAUGGGACAUGGCAAUGGAACUUUUGAUAUUCCAAAGGUAUAUUCCACUGGCGAAAAUUCAUAUCCGUUAGCAAUAGUUGUCGAUGAUUUCAAUAAAGACAACCGAUCGGAUUUAAUCAUCGCUAAUGCAGGUACAGAUAGCAUCGGUGUACUUAUUGGAUUUCAUUAUGUAUCAUUUCAAAGUCAAAAAACUUAUUCCGGUGAUAAUACUCGAGUACCACAACAUAUCGUUACUAGUGAUUUCAAUAAUGAUAAAUAUCCAGAUCUUGCCAUCACUUUUUAUUUUAGCGAUAACAUUGGUAUCCUUCUUGGAUAUGAAAAUGGAAACUUUGGUGUUACAAUGAUUUAUUCGACUGGAAAUGGUUCAUUACCUAAAGCAUUGGCUACUUAUGAUUUUAACAAUGAUGGACUAUUGGAUAUUGUUGUCGUUAAUUCAGGUACUAAUGACAUAGGUAUCCUUCUUGGAUAUGGUAAUGGAAAUUUCGCUACCAUGAAAAGAUAUUCAACUGGAAAUAAUUCUACGCCGAUUGCGAUCGUCUUAACCGAUAUGAACAAUGAUGGCCGAAUAGAUAUUGUCGUGGCCAACUCAGCUACCAACAAUAUAGGUAUUCUACUUGGAUAUGGCAAUUUGACUUUCGAUACCAUAAUUACUUAUCCAAUUGGAAAUGAUUCGCAUCCACAAUCUAUUGCUGUUGGUGAUUUUGACAAUGAUGGUCGCAUGGAUAUCGUCGUAGCUAAUUAUCAUGCCAACGGUAUCAAUAUUUUUUUAGGUUAUGAAAAUGGAAACUUUACAAGUCAAGUGAGCUGUUCAACAGGGUAUCAAUCUUGGCCAUCUUGGAUAACUGUUGAAGAUUUCAAUAGAGAUAAUCGACUUGAUAUCGCUACCAGUAAUUUUAAUAUGAAUAAUGUCGCUAUCUUUCUUGGGUAUGGGAACGGUACUUUUGCUCCUGCUACGAUAUUUUCCACUGGAGAUGGCUCUUCUCCACAAUUUAUUAAAGCUGACGAUUUUAAUAAUGAUGGCAUAUUAGAUAUUGCUGCCGCUAAUUAUGGAACUAAUAAUAUUGUUAUUCUAUUUGGAUUUGGAGAUGGGAGUUUUCUACUAGGAACUGCAUGCCGAACUGGUCUAGGAUCCUCACCGUAUGCGCUAGCUAUUGGCGAUUUUAACAAUGAUUCCCGGUUAGAUAUUGCUGUCGUGAAUGAAAAAUCAAAUGAAACAAACAUCUUUCUUGGAUAUGGUAGAGAACUUUAUGCUGGUGUAACAUCGUAUAAUGUGGGUUUUGGAUCGCAGCCAUACUCAGUUGCUAUUGGUGAUGUGAAUAACGAUGGUAGAUCAGAUAUUGUUGUAGCUAAUUUUGGUACUGACAAUAUAGCUAUUCUACUUGGAUGCAGUCAUGGAGUUUUUGAUAUUAUAGCAACAUAUUCAACUGGAGUUGGUUCUGCUCCAUACUCUGUUUCUGUAGCUGAUUUUAACAACGACAAUCAAUUGGAUAUUGUGGUUACUAAUUCUGGAACUGAUAACAUUGCUAUUCUGUUUGGUUAUGGCAAUGGAGCGUUUGUGAUUGGAGCGACAUACUCAACUGGUGCUCUUUCUCGACCAUGCGCUGUUGCCAUAAGUGAUCUCAAUAAUGAUAAUAUAUUGGACAUUGUCAUUGCGAAUUCUGGCACUAACAAUAUAUUACUACUUUAUGGAUAUGGAAAUGGACUUUUUGAAAACGAAACUUAUGCUUUAGGCUAUGGAUAUCAUCCAUACUCUAUUGUAAUCAAAGAUUUAAAUCAAGACAGUUGGAUGGAUAUUGUUAUUGCAUGUUCUGGUACAGAUCGUGUAGAAAUUCUAAUAAAAGUUUGCUAG